AUUUCCAGGAAAGUGAUAUUAGUCCAGAGCAGUUUCAACAGUAAUUGGCAAUAAAGAAUUAUAGAACCUGGUUUAAGAAAUUUACCUGGACAGAAGAGAAGGGACCCCUAUUAUAUUUUGAAAAUCGAGGGGUCCUCAAGGGAACUGUUCGGGAUUGAUGGGUGGACAUCGACGCGACCAAAGUGAUUCUCAUGUACCUCUUAGACAGUGUAUCGAGUUUCAACAAUGUAUUUCAAAUAAUAGUCAAGAUCAGAUUCGGCUGCCCACAGAAAUAUCGUUGAACAUCGUCGAGCCGCUGCCUAAUGGAACUGUUAGUUCUAUAUCCUCAAACGAUUUACCAGUUCAUCGCAAUGACUGCAUUUUUCAUCGACAACGAAGAAUAUGGCAAAAGGAAGCACUGAAAACGUGUGCUGCGUUUGUUUGUUUGUUAAUAUCGGCAUUCCUCAAUUUUUUCCUGCUCACUGUGAUUCACGACAUAGUACCGAGAGAACCUCUGCCAGACCUCGUUUUUAUGCUGAUACCACAGCAGAGAUGGGCUUGGGUUGUCGGAGACAUAUUUUCCACUUUGAAUGCUAUACUUGGUUUCACGUGUGUUCUGUUGCAUAAGAAACGGUUAAUAGUAUUUCGUCGUGUGCUAUUACUUGGAGGAAUUAUGUACGGUUUGCGAGCGGUAGUUCUUGGAUUAACGUUUUUACCGCCAUCAUUUCAAAACCGUGACGAAAUAUGCUUACCGCAAGUUAAUAGAACUGCCAUGUAUGCUACGGAAAUAACAACAAGGUUCGUAACAUAUGUUGUAACAUUAGGUCUAACUUCGGGUCAAGAUAAAAUUCUCUGUGGUGAUCUCAUGUUCAGCGGUCACACCGUUGUGUUAACGAUUAUGUAUUUCACCCUACUUCAGUAUACACCAAGGAAAUUGGUCUAUUUGCGAUACAUCGCAGCACCAUUAACAUACAUUGGAAUAGCAGCACUUGUUAUUUCGGGCGGUCAUUAUACAAUGGAUGUUCUAAUAGCUUACUGGCUAACCAGUCAUAUUUUCUAUGCUUACCACCAGGUUUUCGCAAUGCCAAGGGUGGAAAGGACUAGGGCGCCUCUUUCUCAUUUAUGGUGGUUUUGGUUAUGUUAUUGGUUUGAAAGUGAUGUACCUGAUGGUGCAUUACGGAACGAAUGGGAUUGGCCAUUACCGGGUCCAGCCUGCGUGCAUCAUUUUGUUCAACGAAUAAGCGAUAAAUUACAAUAGUAGACGGUCACUGCUGAGCUUUAUGUUGAAAAGUUCCAAAAUUCUUCUGUUUUUUGUUUGCUUUUUUGCACAAUCUAUUUAUUCUGCAUUUUGAAAACAAUUUUUUUCUUGUGAUAGGUUUGUCAUUUUCACCACAACUUUAAGGAAGCCAAAAAUUGACAGUUUUCUCCAUUCC